AAUCCUGACUUCUUGUUCGGGAGGGGCGAGUUUUGGCGCCGCCCAACGAACCAUGCCGCCCGCCUUGCGCUCGCGCCGCUCAAAUGAUAAACGUCACGCCGGUAGACAAGAGGGCACCCACCCCUAACAUUCUUCGGUUCGAAAUUUAAAAUAUGUGGUAGUGUAGUGACAGUGAUAUAAUUAGUGCAAUAAACAAAAUGCCUAGAAAACGAGUGAAUCGAUCCCCGCCGGUCGAGAAAAGAACAGAAGAUGGUGAUGAUGAUGACUUCUUUUUUGAUGAUACUCAAUCAAAUUCAGGUCGGAGUUCACAAGAGCCUCAACACAGAAAUGCCGCAAACGCACGGGAGAGGGCAAGAAUGAGAGUUCUUUCUAAAGCAUUUUGCAGACUGAAAACCACGCUGCCCUGGGUGCCGGCAGACACGAAGCUGUCUAAACUGGACACGCUACGUCUGGCAGCCUCCUACAUAGCGCACCUCCGAGCCUUGCUGCACGAGCCCAGGUCUGCGCAUACGCCGCCGCACCCACUUAGCCUGGCGUGGCCCUUCGCCUUUCAGCACGGAGGUUCGCUCAGCUGUGCGAUAUCCCAACGAUGGAACGUCAACCCUUCUACCAACGACUCUUCAAACUGCCGAAACGCCCAGCCUCCUAGAGACACCGUCCACGACAACCAGAACAACGAAGGUUACCAAGAGUAUCCUGACAAUGAGUAUGAGGACCGCUGCUAUGAAGAUAUGAAUACGAACGAUUGUACCCCUAUUCAGUAUUGCAAUUAUGGGUACAAGGAUAACUACUACGAUAUGAGAAAUGAUAUGAGGAACUACGGUUCGGAUAGUAUGAUGAAUUGAUAGGCGAUGAUGACCAAAGAAUUAUAAUUAUUUAAC